AUGUCACGGUUUGCCAAUCAAUCAAGCGGAAACUGGUCCGUCAACGAAACGUCGUGCGUCUUUAACGUCUCGCACAUCGAUCCUAUUGUCGACGACUUUAGUAUUGCUUUCAAGGCUGUCGUUGGACUCCUGUAUGCUUUCAUCGCCAUUUUGGGUAUCGUCGGAAACGUUUCGAUCAUUUUUGUCUUGUACAAGAACGAACGUCGUCGACUCGAGUAUCCUUCCAACGUCUGCCUUUUGAACGUCGUCGUCAUCGAUUUGUUCUACUUUUUUGUCUGCCAUCCCAUCAUCAUGUGGAAUCUCCUCAGAGAAGGAACGUGGAGAACGGGAGACGUCAUGUGUCGCAUUAACGGAGGCCUGAACUGCAUGGUUUACCUCACCGCCUGCUACAGCUUGCCUCUCAUCAGUCUCGAGAGACAGCUGAAUCUCACCUAUCCGAUUAAGCCAAGGUACUUGUCCGUCAGCAGAGUCAAAUUUUUUCUCGCCUGUCUCUGGACGUUCUCGUUCGUUUGCGCCAUUCUUCCCAUUUUUGGCGUCAACGAAUACGUCGUCUACCGCAAUCCGUUAGUGUGCGGUCCCAGUCUCGACUACAGCACCUGGCAAGUGAUCAUCAUGACAGGUGGUCUGAUGACAACGUUUCUUAUCGUUAUCUGGAGCCAAGCGGUUUUGUUUGCCCGAGUUAGUCGCUACAAGAAAGAAAGACGACGUCGACGGAACAGUAUCUUGGUGAUGGAGGUAAAUGUCGAGCGAAGUGUUUUAUCGACUCAAGUCAAUUGGGAUUCUUUCUUGGACAACGUCCGCGCGGCAUUUACAGUUUUUCUUGUGUGCUCUACGUACUUUAUAGCUUUCAUCUUUGGAGCUGCUCUGGGAACGGUACUGACCCUGGCGUACCAGAAAGAACUAAAAUCUUGCAAGAUAUUCAACGAUCUCAAUCUCUACGGGUGGACUGUUGUAAUCACAAUGUACAUGUUGUGCUUUGCGGCUAAUCCCUACAUUUACGGCUUUCGCAAAAAUGACAUAAAAGAGGAAUUCAAAGCUAUGUUUCUAUCUCUAAAUCCGGUUAGGAGAUUCCGCCAAAAUCGUCGUGUGAGUAACGUAAAAAUUUUUGCAUAGCUUCUUGUAUAGAGAAAGAGUAAG